CCUGUCUGUAUCAUGGCUAUCCUCAUCCGCAUCAAUUCCAUCGCAAAAUCCUUAGACCCUUUUGUCUCUCAUCGAGUUAACGGAUCCAACAACAUACUCUUCCAUCAUCGAUUAACUCUUUCUCACAAUGAAAGCACCAAUCCAACUUACUCUCCUCGCACUAGCGGGCACAAGCCUUUCAAAGCCCGUCUCAAGCCCAGAGCCGAUCUGUAGGGAUAUCAAACUCACCGUCACUGCAUCUGCAGACAACAUCGACCUUCCACCUUUUCCAAACGACACCUCGCCAACCGCUUUCGGAAGAUAUGCCCAGUCAUUCAACGUCUCUAACCUGGACACGAAAAGAGUAGGCGGAACAUUCAACAUCGCGGCAACCUACUGUGAGCCAUCCCGCAAGAUCAAGGGCAGAGAGCACAUUAUUCAAUUCCUCCUGCACGGAUUGGGUUAUACCAAGGAAUACUGGAAUGGACUUAACUUUCCCAACGUCACGUACCCCGGCCAGUACUCAUGGACUCACCACGCGAACUCCCAGGGCUAUGCUACCCUCGCGAUCGACAACCUAGGUGAUGGCGAGUCAGACCAUCCUGACCCUAUUUCUAUGGUGCAGCUGCCUCUCCAAGAAGCCAUUAUCCUCGAGAUCUUCAAGAGUCUCCGCAACAAAGCCAUCUCGUGCAUCCCAACCAAGUACUCCAAAAUCAUCAUGGUAACACACUCCUACGGCGCGCUUAUUGGCCGCGCCGUCGCCACAGACCAUCCCCAUCCCGCCACUGGCGCGGACGCCUACAUCCAAACCGCGUCGUCCUCCGAACUCAAAGGCAUCAAUGCCGCAGUCCUGAAUUGGGCCCCACGAGCAGCCAGCGUCGUGGACCCAGCGCGGUUCUCCCACCUCCCACCCGCGUACCUGCAAGUUGCGCCAAGAGCGAUACGGGAGACGGUGUACGGCUAUCCCGGGGAGUAUGAUGCGGAAGUGCUUGCCUGGGAUGAAUCGCUCCCCAAACCCUUCUCCAUCGGACAAAUCCUCCCCCCCAAACCCAACACCGUCUCCUCCUUCCGCGGCCCCGUUAUAUACAUCACUGGCACGCACGACGCCAUCGUUUGCGAUCGCGCGGGAAACACUACGCUCCUGACCACUGAGUGUGCCGCUGGGAGGGACGCCAAUCCGGGCCUCACCGCGGAGAAGUUCCCUAAGGCGAGGAAGUUCGUGGCACGUGUGGUGAAGGCGACGGGCCAUAAUGUGAAUUUACAUUACUCUGCGCACGAAAGCUUUGUGGCUGCGCAUCAACUCUUGACGAAGAUGGGUUUUUAG